CCGCCCCCCGCUGCUCCCAUGCGCGCGGGUGGGUCAUGAGCACAGCGCCCUCGCUUUCUGCCCUAAGAAGCAGUAAGCACAGCGGCGGCGGCGGCGGCGGCGGCGGCAGUGCGGACCCUGCCUGGACCAGCGCGCUCUCUGGAAAUAGCUCCGGCCCCGGCCCAGGCUCGUCCCCGGCCGGCAGCACCAAGCCUUUUGUGCACGCGGUGCCUCCCUCUGACCCUCUCCGCCAGGCUAACCGACUGCCCAUCAAGGUGCUGAAGAUGCUGACCGCACGGACUGGCCACAUUUUGCACCCUGAGUACCUGCAGCCCCUGCCUUCCACUCCCGUCAGCCCCAUCGAGCUCGAUGCUAAGAAGAGCCCGCUGGCGCUGUUGGCGCAAACAUGCUCGCAGAUCGGGAAGCCCGACCCCUCGCCUUCUUCCAAACUCUCCUCCGUCGCUUCCAACGCGGGCGGCGCGGGCGGUGCCGGCGGCGGCGCCGGGGGUGACAAGGACGGAAAGUCGGGGCCCCUCAAGCUGAGUGACAUCGGCGUGGAGGACAAAUCGAGUUUCAAGCCGUACUCCAAACCCGGCUCGGAUAAGAAGGAGCCGGGAGGCGGCGGCGGAGGAGGCGGUGGCGGCGGGGGUGGCGGCGGCGGGGGGGUUUCAGCGGAGAAGUCCGGAUUCCGAGUACCGAGCGCCACCUGCCAGCCAUUCACGCCCAGGACAGGCAGCCCAAGCUCCAGCGCCUCGGCCUGCUCACCAGGAGGCAUGCUGCCUUCGGCCGGGGGUGGCCCGGAGGGCAAGGAUGACAAAAAGGACUCAGACUCGGGCGGCGGCAGUGGCGGCAGCAAGGGCUCCGGAGCCGCCUCGGCCGAAGGGGCACCCACGGGGCUGGCACACGGCCGGAUUAGCUGCGGCGGCGGGAUUAAUGUGGACGUGAACCAGCACCCAGAUGGGGGUCCCGGGGGCAAAGCUCUAGGCUCGGACUGUGGCGGCUCCUCGGGCACCACCUCCGGCUCGGGCCCCAGCGCACCCACCUCCUCCUCGGUGCUGGGCUCUGGGCUGGUGGCUCCGGUGUCGCCCUACAAACCAGGCCAGACAGUGUUCCCUCUGCCUCCCGCGGGCAUGACCUACCCAGGCAGCCUGGCUGGGGCCUACGCCGGCUACCCGCCCCAGUUCCUGCCACACGGCGUGGCGCUCGACCCCACCAAGCCGGGCAGCCUGGUGGGGGCACAGCUGGCGGCGGCUGCGGCGGGCUCUCUGGGCUGCAGUAAGCCCGCUGGCUCGAGCCCCUUGGCCGGGGCGUCGCCGCCUUCCGUGAUGACAGCCAGCUUGUGCCGGGACCCGUACUGCCUCAGCUACCACUGCGCGAGCCACCUGGCGGGGGCUGCGGCGGCCAGCGCGUCGUGCGCCCACGAUCCGGCCGCUGCAGCGGCGGCACUCAAGUCCGGAUACCCGCUGGUGUACCCCACGCACCCGCUGCACGGCGUGCACUCGUCGUUAACGGCUGCGGCUGCCGCGGGCGCCACACCACCCUCCCUGGCUGGCCACCCCCUCUACCCGUACGGCUUCAUGCUCCCUAACGACCCACUCCCCCACAUCUGCAACUGGGUGUCGGCUAACGGGCCGUGCGACAAGCGCUUCGCCACGUCCGAAGAGCUGCUGAGCCACUUGAGGACCCAUACGGCCUUUCCCGGGACGGACAAACUGCUGUCGGGCUACCCCAGCUCGUCGUCUCUGGCCAGCGCCGCGGCGGCCGCGAUGGCUUGCCACAUGCACAUCCCCACGUCCGGCGCUCCGGGCAGCCCCGGGACGCUAGCGCUGCGCAGCCCCCACCACGCGCUGGGACUCAGCAGCCGCUACCACCCCUACUCCAAGAGCCCGCUCCCCACCCCCGGCGCUCCGGUGCCGGUGCCCGCGGCCACCGGACCCUACUACUCCCCUUACGCCCUCUACGGACAGAGACUGACCACGGCCUCCGCGCUGGGGUAUCAGUGAGGGCGGGUCGUGAGGGCUGGCGAGGGAGAGAAAGGAGCUGGGGGAGGGGAGGGGCCGAGGGAGGGGCGGGAACGGGGAGAAGCUACUGUCGCCCGCCCGCGAGUGGGGACCACCCGGGCCAGGAAACGAAAACUCGUAUACCGUAUCUAUCCACCCGAGACAGCGACCGAGACCCGGUGGGAAAGUCCCGUUGGCCCCGCCUCACCUCCCCACCCAAACUUUAUAAAAGUUGAAAAGAAUAUCAUUUGACUUUUUAUAGAAAAAGAAGGAAAAAGUAAUUGAGAAAGUGUUCAUCUGAGGACUGCGCCGGUGGACACUGGUAUUUAUUUAUGUUAGCUCCAAGCGGACCCGUGGUUCUAAAGUGCAUUAUUUAGUUUGAGCUCCGUAGGUCAAAAGGAAGGGGGAAUUAAAACUUGAGGGUAAAAAUGGAAAACAAACCCUCCCGUCCCUUGUAGAUUAUAAAUAAAUACAAAACCGCCACAGAACUAGAGGUCUUCUCUUUAAUGUUACUUUAAAAUUGCUAUGAUUGUAUUGUACGUUCUUAUUUAAUGUCUGAUUGAAAUACAAUUUACAUGCAUGUUUGUUACAAAAAAUGAAAAACAAAACAAGUCACAAUUUGUCAGCUCUGAUUUCAAAUUGCAAUUAUUUUUAAGGUGUAUACCAUCGGAAGAGAAUGGGUAUUUUUUUGUAUGUAUUCUGGAAGAAAACAAAAAAAA